CGAGAGAACGGUCACGUGAGCUUGUGAGGUCAGGUAAGGUUGGCUAAAGUUGGCGCGCGAUCGGCGAUGAGUUUCCCGCGGUUUUGAAAAUCAUCGAACGUCCGACCAAUCGGAUGUAAGGCCAAUGGAAUAUCUCGAAUGAUCACGAACGAUUCGAGCAAUUGGGACUUGCCGCUGGCUAGAUUGUUUUCCCUGUUUCCCAUGCGUAGAGCCGGUGGUGAUCAAAAAAGGAAGAAGGAUAUCGCGACGGGAUUCCGCCAAAAAUGAAUUCCGACGUGGUGGAGUACAUCGGGCUGAACGAGCACUGCCUCGAGAAUUCCGACGAGUUCUCACCACCUGAAAGUAAACGCCUACGCCUAGAUGACAAUUGUAACAACAGUCUAAACGGCUGCUUAAACAAUACCUCCAAUAAUAGCACAAAAUGGUUAUGUUCUGGCGACACGAGUCUUGUGGAACCAGAAAUUUUGGAAGAUAUGGGCGUUAGUAUGUUGGAAAAUGAAGCAACAAGUUACAAAAGUACAAGGAAAUCUCACUCUUUAGAACGAAUAACCUCGCCUACUGCCUCAAAUAACCAUGGACAAUGUGGAAAGUUGAAUGACUCUGAGAACCAAGAGUAUACUUACAGUGGUUCCAGCUUUGAUACCGUCAGUAUAGACAGUAGUUUAGAAGCUACUCGAAGAUUUGGCCUUGAUUCAUACGAAUCGGAUGAGCCUACAACAUACUCGACAAUUGGAAACGAAUCUGGUUAUUCCUCUAGGAUGGAAAUAGAUAAUUUUGUUGAUACGAAAGAAACCUCUCCUAAGCAUAAUCUUAAUGUAUCCACCAGGGAAAAUAGUCUCGAACAGUUUAAUCUCUAUAGAAAAAAAAGAAAACCUUCAAUUGUUGAAGGUGAAGAUAAAUUUAACAAAUUGUCUGAUGAGAUGAUUUUAAUGAUAUUAAAGUGGCUUCCAAAAAAGUGCCUGGUACGUUGCAUGUUAGUCUGUAAACGAUGGUGUCAAAUAGCGCGAGACGAAGUGUUAUGGAGCAGAUUGGAUUUAGGGAGCAAAGUGUUGAAUGAAGGUACAUUGGGUCACAUAUUACCACGAGGUGUUCAGAUACUCCGACUUGCGCAAGCAGAAAUUGCCGAUCCUGUAUUUCUUGAAAACAGUGAAAUUCUCACCGAUGGUUACAUUAGUAAACUGCAGUACUUGGACCUCUCGAUGUCUGUAAUUUCACCUGAUGGAUUAGCCAUGCUACUGUCUAAGUGUAAAUACCUUAAGAAAUUAUCUUUAGAAAAGUGUACAGUAAAUAGAGCAUGUUGCAAAGCUAUCAGUAAUAAUAAUGAUUUAGAAAGUCUAAAUUUAACAAUGUGCGAGGGUAUGGACAUUGAAUGUGUCAAAGAUUUGAUGAAGCUUAAGAAUCUUAGCUCCGUGAAUAUGGCUUGGUGUAAUCUAGAUGCUGAUACUAUGGCACUACUUUGUACAUCUUUAUCGUCAUCCGUUGUUCGUUUAAACAUAGCUGGUUGCAGGAAAACAUUAACAGAUGAUAACGUCAAGGAUUUAGUGAAAAGCUGUCCAAACAUGAUAGAAUUAGACCUGAGUGAUUGUAAUAUGCUCACAAUGAACACUGUUCGUAAUUUGCUUGAUUUGACAAAAUUGGAGCAUUUGUCGUUGAGUCGCUGUUAUGGUAUACCGCCGUCGACAUACGUAACAUUGGCGUAUAUGCCAUCUUUAUUGUACUUGGACGUUUUUGGUGUAAUACCUGAACCAGUACUGAAAUCAUUACAAGUUACCUGUGGUGAAACCCAACUUAAUAAGUUCCUAUACAGUUCCAUUGCGAGACCAACCGUUGGUGUUCGGAGAACGAGCAUUUGGGGACUUCGCGUUAGAGAUUGAAGAUAAAACUAUUCUAAUUUUUUUUUUUACACCAGUAGUAAUAAAGACCUACUAAAUACCAAAGGGAAACUGAAAUGUGUAUGCCUUAUAUGUAUGCCUUUUUGCAAAAUGUCUUUAAGAAGAGACUGAUUUUAUGGUUCUAUCGAAAUAAGAUUGAAACAUUACACAUUUUCUAUAUCAUCUGUUCUCUUUGUUUUUUUACACUUUUUUUUCUUGUAAAUUGUAAAUUAAAUGUACUUCAAAUUGAUUUAUUUGCCAGUCGUUUAUCUAUACAACUGGAACAAACGUACAAAUUGAAUGCUGAUUUAUAUAUUUAUCGACCAAUAUAUAUAUAUAUAUAUCAUGUUAACUUUACACGAUUGAAUUAAUAAUGCGUGCCUAAUGUAAAUGUACUUCGCACAAAUGUAUUUUUGAUUGUAGUUUAUUGAAAGAUUUUUUGUACGUAAACUAAUCUCUGUAUGAUUUUUCUUUUUCACCUGAUAAGUAAAAAUAUUUUAUUUGUAA